UUCGUGGUUGCAAAAUGUGUGAUAAAUCUAACGGCCACGGUGGAAUGGCUGACGGUAGUGGUAGUGUUGGUCGGAACGUAACAUCCGAAGCUGGAACAAAUAAUGGCGGAACGUCGACCGAAUCGGUCCGAAAUCUCACCGAAUCUCCCGGCCCUGGUGGCCAACGGGUUGGACAGAACGACAGCGUGCAGCAGCAAUUUACACGCUUUGCAGAUUAUUUCGUCAUCUGCGGGCUGGAUCUGGAUUCCGGACUUGAGCCAGACCUUUUUGCAGGUGACAGUCUCCAUUGCUCUCCGCUAGACAGUGCGUACAAAAGCAAACCGCUCGCACACUAUCCAGAGCACGUCGCGUGGAAUCCCUUCGAUGCGCACGGUAUUUGCAUGCUGUCCCUGCCGCAGGGUUUGCGUUUUCGCACCCAAAAGCACAACAUCGAACCACGGUUCCACGCGUUUGCGACGACACGCGAGGACGGCAAACGGUGCUACGGAUUCAGUCUGGUGUUCUACGAGGAGGUUCGCAACCGUCAAAUAUGUAGCGCCAUGCACACGCUCCAGUCGAUGUUUAUCACGGAAAUUUCCAGCUCGCAGCAACCACCGCCGGGUACGUUGCGUCGCGUAAAGGAAAGCCCGGUUAGCCGAUCCCUGCCAAGACACUUUAAAAUUGCGGCUCAGGCGCCGGCAUCUGCUCUGAGCUACUACGACGUCACGAAGGAUAAGCUGUACGUGGCCAAAAGCCUGUCGCUCGUCUGUCAGGUGCCGUACGCGCACGUGGCGGAGCUAUUUCUGCAGAAUCUCUAUCGUUGUCUUCCGCGCCAUCCCGGUUCCCGGCUGAGCCUAGAAAGCUACGUGUACAAUAUUCUGUACGAGGUGUCCACACCGCCACCGGGCAAAUCGAUACGAAUAUACAUACCCCCGGAAGAACCCCACCUACCUCCCAUCGCCACCAUACUGCAGCGGCCGGCCCAGAAAGACGAACUGCCCUUCAUGGACUUCCCGUUACGGUUGCUGUUUACCUAUCUCGGCGUCGAGUGUGUCAUCCAGCUGUUCACGUGUGUGCUGCUCGAGAGCCAAGUGUUGCUCCGCUCGUCGGACUAUCAAAAGCUCACGAUCGUGGCGGAGUGUAUCACUUCGCUACUGUUCCCCUUCCAGUGGCCGCACGUGUACGCGCCAAUCCUGCCCGCCUCGCUGCACCACUUCCUCGAUGCGCCGGUCCCGUUCGUGAUGGGGCUGCAUGCCGAUUGCGACAGCAGUGUGCGCAUCGGUAGCGAGGCAAACCUGUGCUACGUAGACAUCGACAAGAAGUCGGUGCAACUGCCCGAAGAGCUACCCUCCUUUCCUCAUCGGCACGAUUUCAUCUCGGAAAUAACUGCCAUACUGGACAAGUACUCGGUGCCGCGCGAUCGUUCGCUAGAUCCGCCCAGCAUACUCAGCCCAAAGAAUCUCCUCAAGGACCAUGACAUGAUGACGGCGAGCUGUACGCUCCCGUCCGGGAUGCACGUUCGCCGGAAGCAUUCGCUGCACGAUCUGCUCGACUGGGACCGGCCGAACUCGCCCGACAUGCCACUGCCUCCGACCGCCGUCCCGGCCCGCCCGGACGUUCGGCAAAGGAUCGUUGAUAUUGUGCGGCGUAGCGGGGGCGACGAGGUGGACAGCGGUGGUCCGAACGAGGUCAUGCCGAGCACCAAGCAAAAGCAACCGCUCUCCACACUCGAGCAGUACUACGAAGAUCUGAGACUGAACAAUGCAUUGCGCGAAAUUUUCCUCAACCGGUUCGUGCAGAUGUUUGCCGCGUACGAGCAUUUUGUUAUACUUCCAAAUCAGAGCAAAGAUGAGUGGCUAACGAACAGGGAGUCGUUGCACAACUUCGACAAAGCAUCGUUUCUAUCGGACCAACCGCAGCACCAUCGUCCGUUCCUGUCCCGGUUUCUCGAAAGCCAAAUGUUUGCCACGCUGAUCGAUAACAAGAUCAUGCUUUCGUGGGGUGACGACCUAAACGGAUGCCCGCUGGUCGACAGCUUGAACGGUGACAUGGAGUAUAGUUUAAAAUUGUUCGACUCAAGGAUAAAAAUUUUACGUAAGCGUUACGGUGGCGAAAGCAUGAUCCGAACCGCCAACUACGAACCAUGUAUACUAGCGAGAGAAACGCAAAAGCUUCUAGACAAACGGUUGCAGACGGUCGAUAUGGAGGUUGCUCCACCGAGUGAAAUCCUGGACAAGCGAGCACCCUACUAUCGGAGCUUCCCGCUGCUGGAGAAAUCCGUCCUCAACCAAGAAUGCGUCUCAAGAGGCAACAGCUUACGACGGGUGAAAAAUGGCAGCACUAAGUGGAAGGUGAAAGAGAUAUCCCUUGACGGUGGAACAUCCAACUUACCGGGACUUCCCAAGGAUGCAGAUGGGAAUAAAUCCAACCGCAACUCCGCCAAUCUUUCUGGUGCUGAAAUUAGUCCAGCCCUGCUAGCACAAGCCAACUGGACGUUCGUGGAAAAGCUUCUGAAGGACAUCAAGAGCAAAACAAAGCGAAUGCUGCUGGAAAAGAUGGGCACCGAAGCGAUCGAGCUCGGCCUAAGUGGGGAAGCAUCGGUAACGGGUGUGGAGGAGAACACCAUGAUUGCAUCAUUGUGCGACUUGCUGGAGAAAGUGUGGUCCCACGGGUUAAUCAACAAGCAAGGCAAAUCGGCCCUCUGGACACAUUUGGCAGCGUAUCUCGAGAUAAAGGAUUGUCAAAAUCCGGGCAAACAUCAAAUGGAAAACAGUUAUCUCACCCCAGAAAAAGCACGUAGCAACUCGGAAACGCGCUACUACCGCACACUAAAACCACCGAAAAGCGGUGGCAUACCGCUGGGUGGCUUUAAGUAUCACACCUCCAUUGCGCACAAAAUACGCCGUCUGCAGGGUCGGACGGUAAUGGGGAGCGGUACGCUCUACACCGCAUCAUCGGCGGAAACGGUACCAACGUCGCCGGGUCGCUUUACUAACUUUAUGUUGUCCGAUGUCGUUGCUUCUUUUGUCGGUAUGCGUAAUGGGUCGGUAGCUAACCUGUUUUCCACGCGCAGUCACUGCGAUCUUUCAUCAUUGGCCAUCGAACCGCAGCUACCACCGCCUUCCCCUACACGUGGUCGGUCCAAAUCUCGAGAGCGUAAGAGUCUUGGUCCCGAGCAGCUACGACCUCUGCCAGAAUCGCUAGAGUUUGACAUCCGCAACAUCCUGGCAAUGACGGACAUUAAAACACACAUCGGCUAUGCUCGAGCUUGGGUACGGUUGGCACUGGAAAAGAAGGUACUCUCGCGUCACCUGCGCACCCUACUGUCCGAUGCAGCCCUGUUGCGUCAACUCUACAAACGGUCCGCCUUUGUGCGGUGCGAUGACGAAGUGGAACAAUUCCUGUACCAUCUGUUAACGCUGAAUGCGGUGGACUAUUUCUGCUUCACCAACACGUACCCAACGACCAAACUGCCUUAUCGGGUGGUUAUUUUCCCGUCGAAAAAAUCGAGCGCUGCCACAACAUCGGCGAACGUGUGGAUUGCGAUAUCGGGCAGCCUAGGGGAAACGCAGAUCAUCAACGUACCACGACAUUCGUUGGAGUUUGUGUUUCAUCACAAAACACUCGGUAUCCUAACGUCUUUACGAAUUGGGCAUGAUGAUACGGGAAUGUCAUCUAAAUGGCUGGUAGAACAUGUCGUUAUAAGGAACGAAGUAACCGGGCACACUUACAAAUUUCCGUGUGGCCGUUGGCUAGGUCGCGGCAUCGAUGAUGGUUCGAUAGAAAGGCUACUGAUCGGGCAGCUUGUGCCCCGUACCGUGGACAGUGAAGAGUUGGUAGAAGCGUGCCGCACACCACCCCGUACCCGUAGCCCCAGCAUACAACGGCCGGAGGUACGCCCGUCAGACAUACAGCACAUGCUGGGUGAUUGCGUGAACGCCAUCGUUAAAUGGCACUAUCGGCCGAGCCGGGACCGGGACGCCAGCUCACUAACGAACCUGCUGUGCGGUGAGAAUGGGCUGGUAAAGUGUCUGGAGCAAGCCUUCCUGUGCGGGUUCCGUUCGUCCCGGCUGUUCGGUCGCAAUUUCUACCUAUGGGAUUACUUCGUACGGGUGAAGGAACAGUUCGAGAUUUGCUUGGUGGAGGAAUCGGUGGAAACGGUACGCGGUGGUGGUGCCUCAGGCUCACCACCGACCAGUGGCUCGAGCCCAGAAUCUCCACCGCAGGGUAUCAGCCUCGGUGCAGGGCAUCAUAUGGGUGGUGCUGGCGGCGUUGGUGGUGGUGCUAGUGGCAACAUUGCUGGUGUCGCUGUCUCUCCAGUCGCACGGCAGGAGUUGUCGGCCGUGUGGCACUGCUACUGUCACCUGAUGGAUGAGAUCAAUAACGUAAAGCAAACGUUGGGCAAGGAUGGUCGCUUCCAACUGUUUAUCUGUUUAAGUUUGAGGGAACAUCUCCUGCACCGAAUGCUGGUCCCGAUGGCGUACACACGUGUGACGGCCGAGAUGUACGAAGAGCAGAGCUUUAUGCGGAAGAAGGGCCUGCUAACAUUCCUGCGCCAAAUAUUGGAGCCUUUGGACGAGUUUCACAUCGUGUUGGAAAACACAAUUACUCAAGGUAUCGGAUCUCAUUGUUAGGCUGGAUUGGGUCCAUAU